CGUUGCCGCUUAUUCCACGAUUUUUUUAUUUCUAAUUUUAAAAUUUUCUAGUUUCCUUGUUAAUUCCGGAAACAGAGGCAAUCGACAAACGGAGUCAAACACACAAAUACCUCUCAGUUUAUCUUUUCAUCAUUUCCCAGGUCUUCUCUUUGGAAAACAAGCCCUUCUUCCUGUCUCUGCAUCAAUUCACAUCUCCAAUUUCUUGAUUUCCCAAAUUCCUGAUUUGGGUCCUUUAAAUGAUCCUUAAACAGUUUAUGAUUUUUGGGUCCUUGCAAAAAUUCACAAAGGAUACCAAAAAGAAUGUUAGAGAAUUGGGUUUUCUUUUCAACUUCUGAAAGUCUCUUUUGAAAGUGGUGUACUGAUUCUAGAGGGAGGAUGGGUUCUUCUCAUACUAGCAAGAACAUGAUCGAUGAUGAUGUUAAUGGUAGUGUUUUGAGUGAUGAUGUUCUACUCAAGAUCCUUUUCCGAUUGAGCAUAAAGCAUCUCUUCCGAUUCAAGUGUGUAUCCAAAGCAUGGAACAGAUUGAUUUCCGAUGCUUUUUCCCGAACCAAACUGUCCGUGACCAUGUCCGGCCUCUUCUAUCAUGCCUACGUUCACCCUCAAGGUGUGCUGAACAAACAUAGAUACGCCCCUGUUAUGGAGGGAAAUCAUGGUAUGGACACGAGUCUCGGUUUCGUGCCGGAUGGGUUUAAGUUGAGAAUCAUCGAUUGUUGCAAUGGGUUGCUUCUCUGCCAUUUAAAUUCAAUGGAUUUUGAGGGACUCAAUUACUACGUUUGUAACCCUGUAACGAAGAAAUGGACGACUCUGCCCAAGCCUCACUUCAAAGAAGGUUCUUUUGAUAAUGCCAAACUCAUCUUCAAUCCCCGUGUAUCCCCUCACUACAAAGUCGUUAAGUUCUUAAACCAGUUUGAUCGAGACCCCACGUGUUUGGAGCUUGAUGUUUUCUCUUCGGAGACGGGUUCGUGGGUUGAAUCCAACGUGGUUCACGGGCCCGAAAUCCCUUGCUUGCGUAGUGAAAUUCAGACUGUUUUAUUGGAUGGGACUCUGUUUGCACUCGCUUACCCUUUUCACAUUGUUGGAUUUGUCGUCGGGGAAGAAGAGAGUUGCCGGCUGAUCAAGCUGCCCGUGGCCCCCAUGGAGGUAUUGCCUGUCGAACGUUUAGGUGUGUCUGAAGGUUGUCUCCAUUACGCCUAUCACAAGGGCUCCCGAUUACAGAUCUGGAUGAUGAGAAACAGUGCCAGUGCUGGUGAAUGGGAGCUGAGGCAUAGCUCAAGUGUCCGUGAAUUGGUACUCAAUCCCUUGUUCAUAAAGAUGGGCUAUGACCCCAUCAUUUGCCCCCACUACAUGCGGAGUUUCCCUUGUCGGUUCGUCCCCUUGGCCUUUCAUCCAGACUCUGGGGUUGUUUUUCUUGGAAUACAGGGAAAGAUCCUUGCCUAUUAUCUCAAGAGCAAGAGGUUGGAGGAGGUUUGCGAUAUAAGCUUUGAAUGUGUUUAUUUACAUUGGUUGUGGGUCUUCCCUUUUAAGCCUUGCCUUGUAGACUUCUUUGAUGGUGGCUCCAGUAAGAUCCAGCAAAGCACAUAGCGGCCACCUGCCUCUUCCUUCAAAUGCAGUUUGGAGUUAUUUUUUUUUAAUACUUUUAGGUGAGUGUCUAUUAUCAAAUCCUCAGCCUCCGUUCCUAAAUACAAUCUGGGUACUGUAGUGUUUAAAAUAUUGCUGGUGGUAGCAUAUUGAGUUUAUCUUACCUUUGGAAACUAUAACAAUGAGAGGGUCCUGGCUUACGUCUGAUAUGUGUAAAACAAACUUUCUUAUAGUGCACGAAGAUAUAUAUGCAUGUAAAUAUUAAAUGAAACAUUUUAUUUUCAGAUUCUAUAACUUCUUAGUUCCAUGAAUA